AUGGAUGAAAUAUUCUUGAAGGAACAGAAAACGACAGCAGUGUUUUCUGUCAUAACUACGACACUGGUAAUACCAUUACUUUACGGUUAUGUACAACAUACCCUAUCGCUUUUGGAACCGGAAAUUGACUACUGUUUCGAUCAAUCGCGAUCGCUAUGGUCUCAACUGAUUCAGAUUCGUGAAACAAAUGAUGUUAAAAAUCGAAAAGAGCGGCAGAUUUUACACCAUUACGGAUUACCAUCGUCUUAUAACAGUGACACCAAUGCUCCUUACCGAGAGCGCUUACCUUACCGCAACACCUAUGAAUGGGCUCGGAUCUUAUCUUCUUCUCUGUAUCCAAGGCACAAAAAUCGAUAUUUUCCAUAUUCACGUAGCAAUGUGCAGGAAGCAAGAUUCUAUGGUUGUAAUGUUGGUUCUAUCGGUCCUCCAGGUGCUUCUGGAAUAGAUGGAAAACCAGGUAUUCAUGGUAAGCCAGGCAAAAAUGGAGUACCUGGAGAAGAUUUCAAGUCUAAUAUUCAUUAUGAAAACGUAUGUAUGACUUGUCCUCCGGGACCACCAGGUGAAGUUGGCGACACAGGUUUAAAGGGCCUGCCUGGUCCUCCUGGACCCAGAGGUCCGCGUGGAUAUUCACUCUACCACCCAGGCCCAUCUGGUCCACCAGGUCACAUAGGACCACCAGGACUUCCUGGUAUCCAAGGACCACCAGGUCCUCUUGGACGUCCAGGUGUUAUCAUUAUACAAGGAGAAAACGAAGAACUACCAGUUGGACUGACUAGAUCGUCAAGACCUUCAGGUAUAACAGGUUUGCCCAGUACACCAGAUAAAAGUUGGCCAGAUAAUAUUGGACCACCAAAUAAUUCAGCAACACUUGGAUCUGAAUCACCAGGGUAG